AUGAAGAAGUUCAUUGUGACAAAGUUUUUGGACUAUAAGAUGAUAGACAAUAAGACCGUCGUCACCCAAGUUCAAGAACUGCAGGUCAUAAUCCAUGAUCUCCUUGCUGAAGGAUUGAUUGAGAAUGAUGUUUUUCAAGUGGCAGCCAUUAUUGAGAAGUUACCACCUUUGUGGAAGGACUUCAAAAACUACUUGAAACAUAAACGCACGGAGAUGACUAUUGAAGAUCUCAUGGUAAGGCUGAGAAUCGAAGAGGAUAACAAGGCCGCAGAAAAGAGGUCAUGUGAAUGCAACUUGGUUGGAAAUCCAAGAGAAUGGUGGAUAGAUUCUGGUGCCUCAUGCCAUGUUUGUGCCAACAAAGAAUUAUUUGCAUUAUAUACUCCAGCACCAUCAGACGAGAAGUUAUUUAUGGAGAACUCCAUUGCAACAAAGGUUGAAGGAACUGGCAAUGUCCACUUGAAGAUGACAUCGGGCAAGGUGGUGACUUUGAACAGGGUCUUGUAUGUUCCAGAAUUGCGAAAGAACUUAGUUUCUAUACUAGUUCUUACCAAGAAUGGAUUCAAAUGUGUAUUUGUUUCUGAUAAAGUUGAAGUCAGUAAGAAUGAGAUGUAUGUAGGAAAAGGUUACCUCACUGAGGGCCUCUUCAAACUCAAUGUAAUUGCAGUUGAUAGAAAUAAAGAUUUUGCUUCUUCUUACUUGCUUGAGUCUAAAUGUUUAUGGCAUGAACAUUUGGGACACAUCAAUAACAAAACCUUGCGAAAACUGAUUAACUUAAAUGUUUUUGCCUAA